GCAAUUAAUAUCUCGAAAGCAAUGAAUUAUUCCAACAAUUAUUCGUUUAAUAAUUCAAACGUAAACUCAAUUCCAUUUCAAAUGCGAUUUGAAAGUUGUCUUAAAGAGCCGAUUGUGGCGAAGUGUCAUCAGUUGUCUCAACUGAUCCACGAGUCGAUCACUAGUAAUCUUAAGGAAAUUCAAAACAAUUACAUCUCAUUAGUUGAGGACAUCUUCGGAAUCGGUGUUCACGCGAUGUCCACCGACUGGUCUCUCAAACUCAUUACCCGAAACUAUAGCCCCCGAGAGUUCGACACAAUCUAUGCAUUUCUCCAUCAAAACGGACCACUCUUUCAGCUGAUCCGACAACUGAUGAACGAUCCGUCAUAUCGUUAUGAGUUCCCAAAGAAAUACCUUCCGGUGAGUGACAACUGA